UAGAGGGCCAGGACUGCCGGGGGAGGGAGUGUAUUUUGUGUAUUUACUUUUAUAUCCACUGUAUCUAAGUCCCACUGACAGAUCUUUGGAGUUUAAUGGUUAACCAUUGUCAUCACACCUCCUUCACAGAUAUAUAAGGUCAAUAGCUUCUAUACAGCAAAGAAUCUGGAAAAUAGCAAAAAUGUAUCACAAGAUCAAAUUCCAGCUGGCACAGUUAGAGAUUCUUACAAGGAGGGUUUGGAAACAGACCACAAAUCCUGCUGAAGGGCAGCUGUUACUUUGCACACGAGGGAGAAGAGGGUGUCCAAUAUUGCUCUUAUUUUAGUCUAAUGCAUAAGAGACACAGAAGUCAAACACACAACAGACUUAAAAGUGCAGAAUCUGUCCAUAUUAAUUUAUGCCACACAUUAUUUGCAUUCAUAUCUGUAACAUUAAAAUAAACAGAUCACUUUGCACAGAAGCUAUAAGAUAGUACUCAGAGAUGACUUUUUUUUUUUUUUAAAUAUUGGAAUUAUACGUUAUUACUCAAAAAUAAAUGGUUUUAAGCUUUUUUUUUUUUUUUUUUUUAGAUAUGACUAGUCCAUCUGCAAACCCUUCUGUCCUUUAGGUCAUUAACUCAUUGACCCAAUGCAGAGGAAAUGGUGUUCUGGAGGCGGUCCUUUUAUAUCACUGUUGAGUAAAAGGUUUAGACUGCCUACACAGAGGAGCUGUGUUGUAAUUUAAAACCUGCUGAAGGCUGCAACUGCCCCAAGCCUUUCACUUACACACACAUACACACUGAGCAGCAGGCUUUGUUCUAGAAUCCGGCUCAACUCUGUGCUCAGAACAGCACACAGCACAGAGAAACCUACACGUUGGACUUACUAAGUGGAUGAAACAUCGACUGUGCUUCCCUGUGAUCAGGGACUGCAACUGCACCUGUUUACUUGGAUAGCAGUGAGGUCUCCAAAAGGACUGAGCUGACCAGGCAUAACUCUCACCAUGCGACUCUUCACUGGUUUGCUGCUGCUGGUCCUGGUGUUUAUAGUGGCUGAGGCACGGAGGGGAAAGAGACUAGGACAAGAUAAAUCGCGGGGCAGAAGCAAGUCAAACUCUGUUAAGCGCUUUGCAGGCAGCUGCAAAGAGUACAUAGAGAAUGGUGAUAAGUUUCUUGACUGCCAGGACUGCCAUUUGACUGCUGUCCUGCUUGAUUGGCCAGAGGAUAUUGACCACCUUUUGCUGGCACAGAACAGGUUAAAAGUGCUGCAAGACAACACCUUCAGUCAUUUUCGAAACCUAGUGAGUUUGGAUUUGCAGCUGAAUGAGAUUUCACUAAUCAUGGAAGGUGCUUUUAGUGGCUUAAGCAAGCUCACCACCUUACUGCUACAACACAACCGCCUUCAAGUGGUUUCUGAAGCCAUGUUCAUCCCCAUGCCUCGACUUAGAUACCUGCGCCUUCAUGACAAUCCAUGGACAUGCAACUGCCAGCUGGACAGCCUGGUCUACUUCCUGCAGGUGCCAAGCAACCGUUACAUGGGUAACUUUGCAAAAUGUGCAGAGCCCACAAGGUUUUGGGGGCAGCAGCUGAAGACGCUGGAUCCUAAGUUGCUGUGCAUGCCACCCAUGCAGUCACAAGUUCAUCUACCUAGACUGCAUUCUGAUACAGCGUUGCUGUGCCACAUUCGUGAUUUUCCCAAACCGCUGCUUGACUGCAGGAGCAGAGGGCUGAAUGCUGUACCACCUGAUAUCCCAGAAAACACUGUGAAAAUGGACCUUGCUUUUAACAACAUAACACAGUUAAGGCCUAAAGAGUUUGUAACCAUCAAAGACUUAAAGCUGUUGAACCUCAGCUGCAACAGUCUGGAGCGCAUUGACACAGCUGCAUUUUCUGGCCUUUUGCACCUAAGAGAGCUGGACCUAUCUAACAACAGCCUGCACUACUUUAAUUAUGGUGUCCUGGAGGACCUUUACUACCUAAGGACACUGUCUCUAGGUGGCAACCCCUGGAUUUGUGAUUAUAAUAUCCACUACCUGAUCUACUGGCUGAAGCACCACCCAGCCGUGGAACACACCGGCCUGGUGUGCAGUGAGCCGGCGGAGUUCCACGGUUGGCCCGUCGAAAGUUAUGUGAAGACCUACAAUGCUGAGUGUCCCAAAGACAAGCAGGUGGACCUGCACGGAGGAACUGGUCCCACAGACACCACAUCACAAGAGCUUAAUGCAGAGACAGUGGAGAAUCCAGACCUGCUGCCCAGCCCACUCCGAAAAAAGGGACCCAAUAAGUUUGAGAUUUAUCGUCUGAGUUAAAAUUAUGGAUUUUUCCUGAUGAACUGCAAUGUUUUCCUAUAGAAUCAUUCUGAUUCAUUCUGCACUUGAUCAGGGAAAAAAAUAGAGAUCGACCGAUAUUGAUUUGUUUUUUUAUAACCCGAUACCGAUUAUUUGUAUGUUUAUGUGCACAAUAACCGAUAUGCAGAACUGAUAUUUAUUUAUUAUUUUACUUCUGUUUUUGACACAAUGAUAACACCACCACUGAACUGAACAUGAACUUAUUUAUAACAAUUUUGUCAAUUUCACUUCCUCCUUGCAUACAAAACAAUACAAAACUCUUAUUUAUACACCAAUAACUAGAGGGGUCUGAAAUAGUGUAAAAAGAUUAUGUGACUCUGUGAAUUUGUCUCUAUUUUUAGCACCAACCUGCUUAGACUACAUAUCAAGCAUUUAUGUAACACAUCUAAUUUGUAUAUUAAUGGCGCUUAUGGUCGUCCUGUGCGCAAUUCUCAAAAUACCAUUUAUCAGUGGAUCAGAUAUUUCAAACCUGAUAACCGAUUAUGGAAAAAUGCAUAAAUAUCGGGAAAAAUAUACAUAAAACCGAUUAUCGGUCGAUCUCCAGAAAAAAAAAACCUUUUAGAUCCUCUUUAUUGUAGUAAAAGAAAUGUCUUUUUAUCUUUGUAUUUUUUCCAACUUGUAAAAAAAAAAAAAAAAGAAUCAUAAUGUAUUUUUUCUACUUCUGGAUUUCUGAUAAUAAAAUAGGAUUUUAUUUCUAUUGCGAUAAUGUGCACAAAAUGCAAUUCA